GUCCGCUACAGCUUCCUACCUGGAGGCAUUAGUGAUCCACUGCUACCAGAUGGAGAAGCAUGUUAAGCGAAAGCUUCUUCUUACUCGUCCAGAACCAUCUGAAAACAUUCGAAACCAUUUCCAUAAGGAAAAGGGAAAUCUGAGAAAACUGGAUUUAAUUUGGCGAAAAGUUCAAAGCCUUGCGUUGACGUUAACUUGUUCACGGUCAUAAUAAGCCCGUAGUCUGGAAAUGCGGGAACGCUCGAAGCGUAUUAAGUUGAGUGACAAUGGACCCAUGAAACAGGAUUCUAACCACAGGAGUGAUCGAUUCAAGUCUAUUGGAUCUGAUAUUUCAGUUUUGGUGAAUUUUGUUGAGUCUAUAACUGAUGAGGAUGUAGAUGAAUUUGUUGUUAAUGUCGUUGCUGGAGGAGAUGUUGUUCAGAUACUCAAAUUUCUGGAUACCGGUCAAGAUCGGAAGACAGGAGAGCUUCUUGCAGUCUUCAAAGCACUCUACAUUAUUAUCUUGAAAACUUCUCGCGAGUUAAGCACUCGUUUUCCUAAUGUUGCUAGAGAGCUUGCCGAGGGAUUCCUUGAAGACUCUCGCUUCUCAUUAUGCCUCAAUACAAUGAGAAAGUCUCAGAAUGCGGAAAUCUUAAAAACAUCUCUCCAACUUUUAGCAUCUGUCGUGACAGUCAGUGAAGAUUUAGCUCGGGCCGUCUUGCGAUAUAUUGAUUUUGAUAGCGCGACGAUGAAGAAAUGUUCUCAGAGAAGAAAUCUUGUCGAUAAGUGUGACGUCCGGACGUGCUUCAUAAAUUUCUUGGCUUCUUUUGUUUAUUUAGACAACAAUUUUGUUUUGAGAGAAUUAAUUGACAAGAAAGGUGCUCUGGAUCUACUUAUUGGUGAGUCUUUUGUGGACAAAUAUUCAAACGUAAUUCUAAUCUUAUGCGUCCUUAAGAAAGUAGUUGAAAACAGUUCGGUCAGCAAAACACAGCGGAUACGUGUAUUCAAUCGACAUUGUCUUCAAAAGUUAACAUCUCUGUAUCAGUGGAGGGGGGAGGGUAAGACUGUUGAUGAAGUACUGAGAAAAGAUAAUGCUGAGGUGAAUGAACAUGAGCUGGUGUCGAUUAGAGACACCUUACACAAGCUCCUCACUCAUCUCUUUACAUCUAGUCGGUGUGGGCUGGUGUUUUCGAAUAAGUUUGACGUUAACGUUCAGUACAAUCGUUUAAUACUACAAUGCCUGACGUCCUCUCAGAUGGAAGAUGCAUAUACGGAUCCCUUACGUACGGAACUAGUUGUCGUAGCGCUAUGUAAAUGUCCAGAUUUAUUCCCACAUUACCUCGAUCACUUGGCUCCUAGUUUAUAUCCACGUGAUUCACCUAGUUGGUUCUGUUUAAUCGAAUUUGUUUUUCAUAUCUACAAAUCGAUUAGCAGAUAUAUCGUUCAGUUCACCAUAGCUGCACUGACUCAUUCACUGACGAUUGAAGUAUUAGCUGUUUCCAUAGCAAAGUUUUGUGUCUUGUCACCAAAAAUGAUUGAUCCUAUCAGAAUAGCUCUACAGUAUGAUAAAUCAUCCGAUGUUAAAAAUAAGGCUACUGAACUUAUGAGAUACUUGAAACAACUGUUAAAAAUCCCGUUAACAUGGCUUUCACUGAACCAGCUACCAAGUGCAAUGAACUUUACAUCGGACCAGUUAAAAAUGAAGAUUGAAUUGUUUAUUCGUGAACGUAUACCUGAUUCCAAAUGGUUAAUUCACUUUCAAAAGCUAUUUAAAAAGAAUUUAAACGACACUAACUUGUUGAUAGAUCAAGUUGUAUCUUCUACCAGUCAAAGUGAACCAGAGGUUUUUGAAGAGUCAAUCAAAAUAGAAGAUAUGGUGAACUCGAUUGAACAAUCUCUAAAUGAUCUCCCAGAAAAUAUAAGAAAUGUAUUUAAAAAUAUUGAAAAAUCUAUUUCUGGAGAUUGUAAUAAUCUAUCUGCGGACGUCAUUGAUACUAUCAAUGAAUUACCAGGAAUAACUAAGUCAUGCUUCAAAUAUUAUUCAAAUUAUCCAGUAGUAUAUCAAUACUUGUCGAAAUUUAUACAUUUUCUGUAUAAUAAUACAUCAUUAAUUGUAUCGUACAAACCGAAAAUAUUUUUCAAAUCACUUUUAAAAUAUGUUAAUUUGACAACAGUACUAUUCACAAAUGUUACAUUGCAACAACAAUCAACGAAUGCGAAGAUUCCAACUAUUUUAGAUGAAUAUUUAUUAAAAGAAUAUUUAUUCAAGUUUCUAUUAGAGAUAGCUUCUAUUGCACCGAAAGUUGUUUAUAGACAUAUUCCAGUUUUAUGGUUAUUAAGCGUAUAUAAUGCUACAAUGAGUUCACUUGAUCAAACUAUUCUCAAAUUGAUUUAUCUUAUGGAAAAAUUUUCACCAGGAUCAUUAACUCAGUUCAGGUAUAUUGUUUGGGGUUCAACUCUAUGUAAACAUUAUCAAUUUGAUUCACAAAAUAACAUCUUAAAUCAUCCAACUUUAUUACAUCAACCGAAUGUAAAUACAUUGUUUAAUGUAUUAGACGAUAAUCAAUUGUUAGAUUCAGCGUAUAAUUUCCCUUUAUAUCGGAAAUGGUUUACUAUUUCAAAUUCGUAUGUCAAUGAUUCAAAGAUUGUCGAAAUUAAUUGUACAUAUGAUCCAUGCUUCAUUCUACAUGUGUUAUAUUACUAUCUUCAAUGUUUUUCAGAAGAUUGCGAACAAAGUAAUUCGAAUGUUGUCAAACCUGUUCAAUUUCUGAAAAUGUUUUAUGUAAAAAAUUGUUUGUGUUAUGCUGUGGCUGGAUUAUCGAGUUACUCGAAACAUAUGCGAAAUAUGGCUAAAACAAUUAUCGGGAUAUAUCGAAAAUUGUUGAGUUUAUAUAUCUCUGGCAAUCCAACAACCUCUAAUAAUUUUGAUCAUUCAGAAAGACGAAUUAAUCAAUCUUUUAAGCAUUUUCCUGAAGGCCAACAAAUUGCCUUUGUUCUUGAUACAUUACGCAAUAGUUUAUCACAUGGUGGUGGGUCUGUUUUCGGUGGUGGAAGUCGUAAAGCUAAAUCAUUCCAUAUAUCCAUUGAUUCAGGUGGACGUUUAACAAAAAUUCAUGCAAAUUUCUUUAUCAGAGUUUUAAAAAUACUCAGUCAACCAGAAAAUCAUAUGUUUCAGCCUAUUUGGAAUUGUUUACUGGCAAAACCUGCAAUAGAUUUAAGAUAUGUACCGGAAUUUUUAAGAUUAUUCUUUUCAACAAAUAAUAAGUUCACUAUUGAACGUCAAUGGAUUUGUCGAUUGUGUGUUGAUAGUUUGGGUGAUCCGGCAGACUAUUUAGUGAUGGAAAAUUCUUUAGUAUUCAAACACAUUUUGUGUGCUUAUUCAUUACCUUCAGCUGAUAUGAGUUUCAAGUUCUCAGUUUUACGGUUACUUGUAAACGCUACAAAGCACAAUAGAAUUGUACACGCACUUAUAAGAUUUCAUGCAAUCUUACUUUGGCUUUCACGUUAUGCAACAGCUUCAGUCAGGUGAAUCUUCUCGAUUGGAUUUUUAAAACAAUUUUUGUGUUAUUUUUAGUAGAUAUAUUUUAUAUAAGAACUCUCGUCUAAAUUAGAGCGAAUAGUUUCACAGUAUUUGAGCGCCGAGUUGAUGUAAGACAUUAAAUAGGAAUAAUAUAUUUGUAAAAUCUCAGCGAAUGAAUUUGUAGUAAAUCCAACGUUUCGCCUGGCAAUCUGGUCCAAGCUUUUUCAAGGAAUUAUAAUCAAACAUCAAAAUUAUCGAAUAUAAAUAGGUACAUGGUUCUCCGAGUUCAUUAUACACUGAAUAGGUCAUCCAAUCAACGUUAACAAAAAGUCUAAACUAGGUAUGUUUAAGAGAUAUGUGAUGUGUAGUGAAGAGUGUUCAUAUAACAUAAUUGUAUAGAAAAACGUAAGAGGUGAGGGGAGAAAAUUACAUUCACCUUCAUAUAUUGUCUCGUAUCAGUGAAUUUAUAAGGAAACAUACAAUUUGUAAUAUAUGUGAUAUGAAUCAUAUCUGUCUUAGUAUGUAUAUGAAGAUAAUUAAACAAAAUAAAAAUAUAAAGGUGAAAUUUGAAGAUCGUAAUUUUUGACUGUAUGUAUGUGUCAUUUUUAAUGUUCCAAUGAAUUGUUUAACAAAUUCCGAUAAGACAAUAAAUUAGAAUCAUUGAGUGUAAUUGUUGUCAUUUUAGAUAAUACGAAUUCGAUAAAAACAUUAAGGAGUUCAGGUUGUUACUUAUUAAUGAUUAGCUGCCAUGGCACUGCUAAUUGUAUUCCAUCCCUCCUAUUAAUAUUGUUUGGAUUAGCCCAAAUGUAUAGGGCUUCAGCUGUUUGUCUCUCCUUGUAAGAAUUAAAAGCUUUUUGAAGGAUUCUUGUGCCAUCGAAAUCAAUUGUAUGACCUGAUUCUAUUUAUUUUGUUUAGAAAAAAAAUAAUUAUUUUGUUGUUGAAAUAUUACUUUUUAUCAUUAAGCCUACGGCAACAUUUUAUUACAAACAAUUGAAAUUCUCCCAAUAUGAAUGGGAACUAAACAUAACUCGAUAGAAUAAACGCUGGCACACAACGCUCCAAAAAUUUCGCCCGGUACCUUCAGUAUCGAACACUUAAUCUCUGAACCACAAAAACCUAGGUAAAUUGAGCUCAGCUUAGGAUCAAGACAUGUUUGGUCUAAUUAUACUUAGUGUGUUCCUUCAUGGCUUUAUUUUUCUAAAUAGCAUCACAGUACAAAUUUCAUUAGAAUUUGCAGCGUAUUCUCGAUUUUAGGUCGUCAUUUUUGUCCGUUUUACUUCACAUUUCUGAAACUUUUUUUUUAAAGUUGUAGGUAAUCAUUCGAUACGGUCACUUGAAGGCCAUCCUUUCAAAGUACUUUUGUCGGUACAAUAAUGUAAUUAAUCAAUAAUUGAAAUCCGUAAUAACAUAGAUUUUGUUUAUCUCGUUUCUCACAGACAGAUAUAACAUUCUAUUCAGGUAGGAAAUUUAAACUCAUGAAAAUGUUAUGACGAUGAAAUAUAUCGCACCACUCGAAGAUUAAGUGCCUGCCACAGGCAUUCUCGAAGAGAAUCAUUGUACUGUAGACUACUAGAUGUAAAAAUACCUAUAAAUACGAUUGUACAGCUUCAGACACUGAAAAGUUUCUUUGCUAAAACGUCAUCAUUCUUUUAAAUGAAUAAUUAUACUGUAUGGGAUGAAUAUCCAGGUACAACGCUGCCAGCACUCAUAUCUACUAUAUUGGUUGUCAUCAUAUUACGAAAUUAUAGGAGAUAAACGAAAAUGAGUCAAGAAUCAUCUUGGAUCUCAUUCAAACGUUCAAUAGACUUAUCAUUUUUUGACUCUCUGGGUACAUGUUAUAGAUUCUUCUUGAUUUUACAACCAUCUUCACUUCGUGAGAAAAAAACUAUAUUUUGAAGUUGCCUGUCAGAUAGGAGUAACUACCUAGAAAUUUCAUUAACAUAUUGAAAUUCCUUCUCGAAACUCUUUAGAAAGCAAGGGUACCUAUGUUUACCUCUUUCUGUGUUUGCAAACUAGCAAUGAGAUUAGACAGAAUGUAGUGACUCCAGCGUUUAUCUUAGUUUUUCUGCUGAUAUCACAUACCACAAGGUGGGGGUAAUGUAGUUAUGUCACUCAGAGUAGGGUAUAUCGAUUUCUGGUCACAACUGUUUUACUUUUUGAUAACAUCGAGUUGCGCAAACCCAUCUAUCGGUAUUCGGAGAGCGAGAACUAUAUUUGAUUAUGUUAAUCUAGACUAUAUUUGACUCUGAUAGUCCCAUCAUAAAAUGUGAGGUAUACAACUCAGUGUGAAUUCUGAGGAUCUUUGAGCGGGAGAUGUUUGAUGGGUCUAUAUGUGCAAUCUAUAUUGUUUGUUUGACUUUCCAUUCCGUGACAUCGUAAAAUUAAUACUGUCUUAGUUAUAUAUAUUUAGGAACACCGUGAACCAUUAUACUCUCAGCGAUGCCAUCGUGAGAUGUUGGUUUCUUUAGAUUAAAAACGUUAUACGCAUGAUAUUUCGACUGUUGUCAUACAAAGUAUCUUUUAACCACAAAUUGUGAUAAAAAAACGUAAAGUUAGUCAGUUUAUGAAACGGUGCUUUAUGGUCUUCGCUUGACUUGUCACACAACUCCUUAAACAGUGUUACAAGUGAGUGUCUUUUGACUUCAGAAUACAGUCACAUAAAUUAAACCGUCCGAUUGAUAAUCAAACAUCGAUAAUACAAGUUAAACAAGUGAAAUCAGUAGAACGAGAAAAAUGAUUUUACAGUAUAAAUUAGUUUUUUUUUUAUGUAUAACGCAGUUAGAUAUAUUUUCAAUCCUUCACCAAUCACAUGUCACUUUAACUGAACAUAUCAGAUAGGUUUUCAGUCUAGUGUUUAUGCAACUCAUUGACCCUUGUAUAUUCUUGUAAGAUUCUGUUAUAUAUUUUUGUUUUGUACUGUAAGAUAUUCUUUUUUUUUUAGAGAAAUGAAGACUUGCUUUAUUGAUUUGUGUCUCCUAGCAUUAUUACUAUAUUAUUAUUAUCAUUAUUAUUAUUAAUGAGUGAAGUUUUGUGUUUUUUAUUAUAUCCGACAAAGUAAUGUAUAUUCUCUAUUAGAAAAGUAAUUCUUUAAAAUUGUCGAUAAUCUAAGCAUUCUAGAAUGUAUGUGUAAUUAGUUCUUAUAAUUUAUCAUUUCUUUUAUAAAAUUCAUAUUUUACAUUUACCCUUUUAAAUUAAAUGGUACGCACCAUUUUAUAAUUUGAACAAAUGAAUAUCCACUCGUGAACUACUUUUGUCGUUUUUAUUAUUGUUUAUAUGGAUAUCGUAUAAUGUGUGUAAUACAUUCUAAAACAAAUAAGAUAUGGCCAAAUUUAAAUCAAUAUUGUGUAUUUAUGGAAUGAAAUAUUCUGUUGACUGGUGUCAGUUUGCAAAAAAUAUUACCAUUUAUGAUUUAAAAGAAAUCUACACGUAACCGUAUAUUUUACAAAUUGUAGUUAUCAUUGCUUAAAUCGAUUUGUAACAGUUCUGUUUAGUGGACAGUAGCAGAAGCCUAAUGAUCGGAACAUUCUGUCAUUGUAAACACUGAGUCGCACUAUUUCAAACCUCUAAUUCUUCUACUUUAGUAUCAGGAUUCUGUUAGUAUCGACAGAUCCAAAAUAAAGAUUGUGGAGUAAAAUCGAAUCUAUGAACCUACUUCUGUCUAACUGCACAACAUUGUAUACGUUUCUCGUACAAGACAAUUGUAUUGUGAAUUAUGUUCGUCAUUAUCAUUUCAGAAUUACUUGAAUCAAGUUUUAAAACAGUCAAUUAACAAACAGAAUUGAAAAUCUUUGGAUAAUUUUUAUUAGUUCUUUCCACACCUGUUUAAUCCAAAAGCAAUUAUAGUCAGUUCAUCUGCUUACUAGUUUUGUAGCAUAGCAGACUGUAAAAUUUUUGAAGAACAAAGAAAGUUGUUUUUAUGUAUUUUGGAAAAUAUUCAUAAGGCUUUAGCCGAGAAAUCAUCCAAUCAAGCUAUUUUGGAUAUAGUAAAUCUGAUAAAAGAAGAGUGCUCUGUGGAAAAAAACAGCGUGAACCUGUACGCAAUCGCAUAUAUCCCUUCUGAAAGUUGAAACGACAUUCAUUUGUAAUCAUAUUCUUCAAUGUAUAUUUCUAACUCCU